UUCCAAGGAUAAAACAGAAAACAAUGGAAAGUGCUAGUAUAAUUAACUAUUUGAUAGACAUUGUUGAAACAAAGGAGAUCAACAAUAUGGGGAAGCUUGCGUCAUUGUCUGUCCUUAACAAACUUUUCCUCAAGGAGAAGGGAACCAGCCUACAGUUGAAAUGUUUAAAUUCAGAACUCACAACUUCUUUAAUUACAAUGCUGGAUUCUGGCUUGAAUGAACUAAAUGACCCUUCAGAUGCUGUGUGUAUUUCGGUUGCUAUGGAGAUUCUAAGUCAGUUCUCGAAACUGCCGAUUUGUUCAAUCCAGAGCUUAAUAUCGGAAAAUGUGAUACGGAUGUUGCUGGAUUAUAUAAACAGUAGUAGCAAGUUUUACCAGUUUCUGGACAAUUCAAAGACAAUACUUUCAGAGGCCUGCGAGGGUAAACAACUUAUGGGAAAAGUCAAGGUGGUUGCUAUGGCAACAGAACCACUUGAAUAUAUACACAGACAUACAAAGCACAAACUGAAAAGAGUUCCAGACAAGAUAAAGGUGUGUAAGUUAAUUGACACAGAAUAUGAGGAGGAUUUAGAUGUCUGCCAAUACCUUAUCAACAAGCAAGGCACUUGGCCAGGUAGUUUCCCAGGAGAAGUUGUAAAUGAGGCAGAUGAAUGGGAGAACAUCAUUGUCACCCAGGUGCUUGAUGGGUGUAUGUUUUGGGCGCAAGUGGGAGAAAACGCAAUAAAGAGUGUGUUUGACAUCCAGCGGCAAUUAACUGAGUAUGAAGAUCAUGUCAGAAGAUCUAGUGCUCUCAUCGGAGAUACUGUUGUGGUUUAUGGAGAAAUCAUGGGGAACCAUUGUUACCUCAGAGCUCAGAUAUUGUCAUUUGAUGGAGGCCAUGUGGAUGUUUUUGCCAUUGACUAUGGUUACACAUUGCGAGUUUUAGACAAGAACAUCUUUGUCUUGCCAGAAAACUUAAGUACAAACAAAGUGAAAAGAAAAAUAUCUCUCUGCUCAGUUGAUGGUGUAUCCCCUCCGCCGUAUGAUGAAGGUCUGGCCCACAAUGCUGCUGCCAUAUUGGUAAACCUUUGCAAACAGAGCUGGUCAGCAGGAGAGAUACUGGAGAAACUUUGUGGGAUACAGAUCAUCAAAAAUUGUCUACUGGACUGUCCGAGGCCUAAAUUGAAAGCCCAAGUAAUGACCAUACUAAACAACCUCUCCUGUAACUACAAGGUGUCACCAAACAUCACUAAUGGUGGAUUUGUCAAAAUACUCCUUGACAUAGUAAAAAGUUACACAGAGAAAGAUUCAGAUAAUACUCAUGUAUACAAUCUACAUGCCACCAAUGAUGAGAAGUUGUUGUUGGCACGGUGUGUCCUGUGCCUCACCAAUAUACUGUACAGGAAUGUUGAAACUAGGUCACAGUUCUACAAACAGCAAGGAAUUGAUAAUAUUCUCAGACUGAUGUUUCUCGUACCCGAUGAUGACGCAUUAUAUUAUAUUUCUGUGAAGCUAUUGAGAAUAUUCCUUGGAACAUUGGUAACUAAACCUGUGGCUGACGCUAAUGGAGUGGCACAGAUGGAUCAGCUGAAACAGUACGCUGCAAAGGGAAAUGUUACUCAGAGGAGGAUUUAUCCCAAUGAUCAAAAAUCAGGAGAACAUUUGUUUGAGGAUGAAGAUGACAGUGACCCCGACCAUGACAGCCAGCAUUUUAUUAGUAAAGAAAAAGAAUGCUCUGUGUCACCUAUCAUGGACAGUAUGGAUAGAUCACAAGGUUAUUAUCAUGGUGAGAGGGUUAAUGUGUAUGAUGACGAACAACACGAGUUGUGUCCACAGAAACACAUAAACAGUAUACAUGUAUUAUCAUUUGCCAAGCAUGUAUGUGGGAUGUUGAACACAGGUCAUGGAGGAACCAUUUACUUUGGUAUUGACGAGAACAGUCAGGUUUUUGGACUUGAGUUGUCAAGGGAUGAGAAAGAUAGAUUCCGCCUCGGAGUGGACCAGCACAUGUUCAGCAAAAUUUCUCCAGUCCUCCUGCACUCACAGUUCAGUAUUAAAGACAUUCCAGUUAUAGAUCCGAGAACUAAUCAAAUUAUUCCAGAUCAUUUUGUUAUAGAGAUAAAUAUCAGAGGCAGUAAAGGGUCUAUUUACACCAUGGUGGAUGGAGCAUGCUAUUACAGAUUUGGAUCUAAAACUAGUGCGAUAUCUAGACAGGAUCUGAGACAAUUGAUAGCAUUCGAGGAGGAGAUGAAUUACUCUGAUGAACUACAGAAAUUUUUGACAGAGAAACAACAACUUAUGUAUGAGUUGCAGCUAGAUAGAAGCUGAUCAUGAUGAAAUGUCAUGUUUCAAUUAUGCCAGCAAUAACUACAAAAUACCUCAGAUCACUAUGAAAAUUUGCGAUACAUGGAACCCCUCAAGAGCUAAUACUUCAUAAAUUCUGUUGCAAUCAGGAUGAAUGUUGAUAAUGAAGCACAAGAAGUACAAUACAUAUACAAGGUUUAUUUCUAUUUUCCAUUUAAUUGAGAUUUGUUUAAUUCAUAGUAAUUAUGUUGUAAAUAUUUGAAUGAAAAUUUAUUUCCUAGAGUGUUAGUAGCAGAUUUACUGUUCUUGUGCAUGUUGAUUAAAGCUUGUGUUUUAAGAAAUUACAAGCACCAAAAUUGAAUUGAAAAGUUUGGAGACCAGUCUCGGAAUGCAGCGUUGUGAUUGGUCAGUUACAAAACUGUACUCAGAAACAACCAAUCAGAUGCCAGAAUGUUUAGACUGGUAUUUUUCUUCAUCAAAUAACUACACUCCUUCAUAACUUUGAAGAUUAUGAGUAGGUGCUGAAAAAUAGUGGUGUUUUUACAUAUAUCAAGUUUGUACAUGUGCCAAAAUGAAGCUUACCUCUAGAACUAUGGUAGUAACCCUACUCUUUAUUAUUAUCAUUAUUUUUUUUAUUAGAAUAUGUAAAGCUCAUUUUAGAUGUAAAUUUAAAAGGAAUUUUAUGCAAGUUUUAUCAGUAGGAAGAUUGAAGUGCAUCAAAUUACUAGAGUGGCAGGAUUGAUCCCUGACUGAGGCAAUUUACUUCCUGUCUGGGGAAGUUAUUUUUGGACUGUUCUUGCCCUCCACUAGAUUCAAGCUUUGAGAGUUUUCUACAUUUUGUCUUCUAAGAUUUGAUCAAUUUUAAAUAUUUUAAGAAGUUGAAAGUGUACAGUUUUAAUUAAGGGGUAAUUUUAAGAGUGUUUAUGCCAAACUUUUGAAAUUUUGUUGUUAAAUGUAUGGAGAGGAAAUGGGGACAUAGAAAUUCAAAUCCAUUGCAGAGAGUGUUUUUAUGCCCCUGAAGGAAGGCAUAUUAGUUUUCAACUGUCUGUCCGUUCGUUAGUUCGUCACAACGUUACCUUUUUGCAUGAAGGCACUUUACUCGUGAACCACUGCACCCAGGACCUUCAGACUUCACCUGCUGAUAGUACUUAUUGAGUACACGACCCCUACUGACUUUGGGGUCACCAGGUCAAGGUCACCAGGUCAAAGGUCAAGGCGCUACGGGGGCAUUUGUCACCAUUAGUGACAGCUCUUGUUUUAUAUUGAAUGUUUAUUAUUAUGUGUAAUUUCUAGUCAUUUCAUUAUUUGUUAAUCAAUAUUUUUGUGUGAUUUUAUGUUUAUUUUAAUUUGAAUUCAAGAAGGAUAUUUAAGAUAAGGUAUCCAUAAUGACAUUUUCUGUGAGUAUUUAAUCCUUGUAUGCUGAUACAUUUUAUAAUAUGGAAGUGUUAUGGUAAAUUUAGUAGUUUGAUAUGUAUAUGUGAGCUGCGCCAUGAGAAAACCAACAUAGUGCGUUUGCAACCAGCAUUGAUCGAGACCAGCCUGGGCAUCCGCGCAGUUUGAUAUGUAUAUGUGAGCUGCGCCACGAGAAAACCAACAUAGUGCGUUUGCAACCAGCAUUGAUUGAUACCAGCCUGGGCAUCCGCGCAGUUUGAUCAGGAUCAAUUGCAACUAGAGAAAGCGUUAGCGAACAGCAUGAUCCUGACCAGACUGCGUGGAUGUGCAGGCUGGUCUGGAUCCAUGCUGGUUGCAAACGCACUACGUUGGUUUUCUCAUGGUGCAGCUCAUAUAUUUCUAUAUGUUAUUCCCUCAAGAAAUUUAAAAAUGCUACAUUAAGUUUAUUCAGUUUCAAGAAUUUUGUCCAGGAACUUUUUUUGUAAUAUGUAUUUUUUUAUCAGAUUUUCACAUUAAAUGGUAACUUUUCUGUGCUCCUUGAGCUUGACUGCCAGUUGUGAAAUCGGUGUGGGAUUAGUUGUUUUUGUAAUGCUUGCUUAGCUGACUAGGGAGAGGGCAGAUCUACGGAUCACAGGGUCUAGAGUUCAAUCCUGGGGCAAGUCAUAUUAUCUUUAUUUUCUCCGUGACGAUUUGAUAAAAGAUGCUGUGUCUGAUAUCAUCAAUAGAUUGACCAGAAUUUCAAAUUAUGAAAGUUAGUUGUAACAUUGCAUAAUGCUUUCCUAGGUAAUGUUGACUUUAGCCGCACGAUGAGAAAACCAGCAUAGAGCCUUUGCAACCAGCAUGGAUCCAGACCAGCCUGCGCAUCCAUGCAGUGUGGUCAGGAUCCAUGCUGUUCGCUAAUGGUUUCUGUAAUUGCAAUAGGCUUUGAAAGUGAACAGCAUGGAUCCUGACCAGACUGCAUGGAUGCGCGUGCUGGUCUGGAUCCAUGCUGGUCGCAAAUGCACUAUGUUGGUUUUCUCAUGUUGCAGCUCAUGUCAUAAUUUAAACUUCAUGUUGAUGUCAUUGGAGGUUUCCUAUAUCACAGUCUGCCUCGUUGAUGACUCUCCCAGUACUGAAAUAACUGAACAGUGACAUCUUCUGUGGUGUAAUAAUCUAAUGACAUUUCAAGAAAAGAUUUUCUAGAUUCACCUACUUUUGACAGGAAUGCCACAAGUCGAUAUUGAUUUGAAUAGCGUAAAUGGACACCAUGGAUAUCAAAAUAUUUGUAUUCAAGUUGCAAGAAUGAAAUAUUUGCCAUAAAUCGUUCUUUCAUUUUAAAUUUAAAUUUCUUGAGUGUAUUUUGCCAAUGGGCAUUAUUCAAGAUCUCGGUGAAAAAGCUGCUAAAUACACAUAUUAAAUUGUCAGUAUUUACAAAUACACUUUUUGCAUGGCUUGUUUUACACUGUUUUUUUUCUGUGUCAAUACUUUAAAAUUUUGUGUCUGGAAAAGCAAUUCCAUUUAUCUGAAAUAAUUAUUUUUGUUUUAUUUUUACUACUGUCAAACCUGUCUUACAGAGCACAUUGAAAUAUAGGCCAGUACUAUAAAGCCUGCUUAUAAAGGCCACUCUUCUUGUUUUAACAUAUUAAAUAAUAUAGUUUAACCUGUGUACGGAGACCAUAUGUCAGCAUAGACUACUUUUUCUUUUUCCUAAAGGCUGUAAUUAAGGUUUGUACUGUCAUGAUAAAUUCUUUAUUUUCUUUUUAGGAUACGAUUAAGCUAAAACUGCAAGGUGUGCAGUAAGUAUAGCAGAGUCUAUAAUCUGUUGUCUGGCCUUUAACAUUUAGGGGCCUCCGUGGCUGAGUGUUUAAGGUCGUUGACUUUAACCCUUAGCCUGCUGCAGGUGAAUUUAACAGCCUUUGCAAACAGCUUGGAACCAGAUCAGACGCCGAUUAAAUCGGCGUCUGAUCAGGUUCCAAGCUGUUUGCUACUCUGACAAUAUUUCUUCCAAUUUUGGAGCAAAUUGAAUGAACUUUACAAUUUUAGCAGACGACAUUUCCAGCAGACGACAAUUUAUCUAGCAUGCUAAAGGUUAAAUUACUUGCCUCUCAUCGAUGUGGGUUCCAGCCUCACUGGGGAUGUUGAAUUCUUCAUACGUGAGGAAGCCAUCUAAGUGACUUAAGGAAGAUUAUGGUUCUACCUAGAUGCCCGCUGGUGAUGAAAUAAUGCAUGGAGGGGCACCUGGGGUCUUCCUUCACCAUUUAAGCUCAGGAAAGUCGCAAUAUGACCUGUAAUUGUGUCAGUGCGAAGUUAAACCCAACAAAAUAAAUAAAUUAAUUUAUAAACAUUGUAGUUUCUUUUUAGCCAUACUUUGAUAUUAUCUUCAUUGAAUUUUGUCUGUAACUUUUCAGCUAAAAUGUAAAAUGCUUGGAGUUGUCGAUAUUUUAACUACAACAAAAAAAUAUUACUUCAGUCAUUAACCCUAAUCAUCCUGGACAUGACUGAUUCUGCAUUUGUGACCAAUGUAGAUCUUGAUCAGACUGCAUGGUAAGCACCCCGUUUAACAGUCAUUAUAGAAAUUUAGUAAGGUAUGGGUUAAGAAAGGAAACAUUUAACUGUUCUUAAGAUACAUGAGAAAAUUGUUUAAUUCCAGUUUAAAAUUUCACAGAUUUCAUUCAAAAUAUAGAUUUAUUAGUAGUUAUGAAUAUAUGGAAAACAAUAUGACAGGUUUACAAUCAUUUAACAACCUUUGUUUUUGAAAUAUGUUAUCAGAAGAAGGCUUGUUAGAAGCUCUAUGCUUGACUGUGUGUAAGCUAUUACAAAAAGUGAAAAUACCUGAAGAAAAUUAACGCAUUUUCGUUAUUUUACAAAUGGACUUUAUUUUACAUUUCUAAUUUGACUUAGCCAGUUGGAAUCAUGGCCGACUGUGAAAUGUAAAUUACAUGUACAAGUUUUCAUGUAAAAUCAUUGUAAUUUAAAACUUAAGGUAUAUUGUUACUGUAACAAUUCUAUACAUUUUACAUGUUAACCAGGCUGUAAGAAAAUAUUUCUGAAUUUUUACCAGACCCACUGUCUUUGCAGGUACUAGGAACUAUUGAUUGUAUUACCCUUUACCCUGCUAUAUUUUAAAUUGGACUGGCCCAUCUGUCAAUUUUGGCAGUACCACUUGCUAUUCAAAGGGGUGUUUACUGAAAAUUUACUGACCGAAAAACGAACAGUGCAGACCAUGAUCAGACUGCACUGCAAAGGCGAAAUCACUUGCUGCCAGCAGGCUAAAGGUUAAUGUGUGACUGUAUAUUUGGAAUGUAUAUACCUGUUGAUGUUAAUUGCUCAGCUUUUAGAUUGUUUGUAUUAUUUAACCUGUUUUAUAUUUUAUUAAUGAUUUUAUGCUUUUCUGAUUUCCUUAAGUUAAAGGCAGCAUCUUCAUCGGCAUUCAAAAUUGUUGAAUUAAACCAGUUUAACUUA